GAGCUGUGGCCCCACGGAAAUUGGGUGCCCUCGCAGCGUGGGCCGGUGUGCGUGGGGUCCUGGAGGGGUCAGCGGCAGGUGGUUGCCACCCUGCUGCCGAGAUUGGCCCAGGUUUUGCAACGUAGCGGGACUACAGCUCUUGGGAGAAGGACCGCACUCGGAUCCCUCCCGGCCAAGGAGGGAAUUAUCCAGCUUGCCUCCACUUCUAGAUGAACAGAAAACCCAAUGAUUUGAUCUAAGUGCCAACAGGGGAUUGUCCUUGGUUUUUGUGCUGUUCAGCACUCCUCAAGUUUUUUUCACAUCUUCUCUUAUUGUAAAAACUGCAUUUAAGUUUUGAAAAAUGAAGCAGUUGAAAAGAAAAAGGAAAAGCAAUUUUAGUGUUCAAGAAACUCAGACUCUUUUGAAAGAAAUUACGAAAAGGAAAGAAGUCAUUUUUUCCAAGCAGCUCAAUACAACAAUAAAUGUGAUGAAGCGAAUGGCUUGGGAGGAGAUUGCACAGUGUGUGAAUGCUGUAGGGGAAGGAGAACAGAGAACAGGGACGGAAGUGAAAAGAAGGUACCUUGACUGGCGAGCACUUAUGAAGAGAAAGAGGAUGAAGACGAACAUUAAGCUGGUGGGUUCUGGAUUUCCCCUUCCCACAUCUGAUUUAGAUGAUUCCCUCACUGAAGAGAUAGAUGAAAAGAUUGGAUUCCGAAAUGAUGCAAAUUUUGACUGGCAGAAUGUAGCAGAUUUCAGGGAUGCAGGUGGAUCCUUAACAGAGGUCAAAGUGGAAGAGGAAGAAAGGGAUCCCCAGAGUCCUGAAUUUGAGAUUGAGGAAGAAGAAGAGAUGUUGUCAUCUGUGAUACCAGAUUCCAGGAGGGAAAAUGAGCUUCCUGAUUUCCCCCACAUUGAUGAGUUUUUCACACUUAAUGCAACACCAUCUAGAUCUGCAUACGAUGAUCCCCAUUUGCUUGUAAGCAUAGAGAAACAGAAACUAGAGUUGGAAAAACGACGACUGGAUAUUGAGGCUGAGAGACUGCAGGUAGAAAAGGAACGCCUGCAGAUAGAGAAAGAAAGGCUGCGGCACUUGGACAUGGAGCAUGAACGGCUUCAGCUGGAGAAGGAGCGGCUACAGAUUGAGAGAGAGAAGCUAAGGUUACAGAUAGUCAGUUCUGAGAAACCGUCCUUGGAAAAUGAACUUGGCCAAGGAGAAAAGUCCUUACUUCAGCCACAGGACAUAGAAACAGAGAAGCUAAAACUUGAGCGAGAACGCUUGCAGCUGGAAAAAGAUAGGCUGCAAUUUUUGAAGUUCGAAUCUGAGAAGCUGCAGAUUGAAAAAGAACGCUUACAAGUGGAAAAAGAGAGACUUCGAAUUCAGAAAGAGGGACACUUGCAGUAAUUUUUUUUAGGUCUUAGUGAAUGUUUAUAUAAACUAGAUUUUUCUCAUAUCAGAUGACAUAAAGGUAGUUGCUGGCUUAGCAGUAUUCUUUUCCUAAUGUCAGUGUUUUCCAUAGGUAAAGGUAGUUAUAUGUGGAUAGCUGUAUGCUUUAGUAUAUUGUAUAAAAACUCUGUGCCCUAACAUAAACAGAGAAGAGAAUUAUUGUGCUAGACUCCUCACAUUAGUAAUACUAUAUAGAGUCUUGUAUUAUCUGUGUACCCAGAGUUUACAAUUAUGUCUGUAUAAAAUUCUAGUCCAGUGGUUCUCAGUUGAGGUGAUUUGGGCCACGGAAAGACAUUUGGCAAUGUGGAGAUAUUUUUGGUUGUCAAAACUGAUGUGGGGAGGCAGAUGGCUUCUGGCACCUAAUGUGUAGAGGCUGGGGAUGCUACUAGCCGACCUGCAAUGCACAAGUCACCCCUCUUCACAGUAAAGAAUUCCCCAACCCAAAAUAUCAUUAGUAUCAAGUUUGAGAAACCCCAUCUUAGUCUAACUGUGCACCUCUAUCACUAUGUUGUAUAGUUUUAGAAUAUUAAAACCUCACAUACUUAAGUGGGUAGAUUAUAAAAUGGCCAAAAUCUUUUAGUUCGACUAUGAAAAUUAUAAUUUCAAUCAUGUACUCAAAUCUUAUGUAAGAGAAUGGUAGAAGGUAGUAAAAAUGGUAACCGUAUAAAAAUGGUACCAGUAGUCCAUAAGCUUGAACCCAAUGAAUGGUUGGUUGACUUUUGAAAUAUAAAAGAAUAGCUGUUUGGGAGUGGGAAGUGGGGGAGAAUAUACUUUGUAUCAAAUAAUGAUGAUAUUGGGACAAUGAUAAUAGCUGUGUGUUAGGGAUAGGAGAAGCACUUAGCACACACUAUUUGACCAAAUCUGUACAACAGUCUUGUAUGUAGUAUCUAUUUCUGAAUCUUAAGUUUAAAGUCACACAGUGAGUAAAUUGCUGAUGUUUUAUAUUGCAGCAUAUUUUGUCUUUGCUCUUCCCUGAGGAACAAAGUUUGUAUCUUCAGUCCUUUUGGUAUUUUGAGGCCAAGGGCAGGCUUACCUUGGUGAUUUGCCUUCAAUGUCCUGAAGGUGCUUUUUUUUUUCACAGUCCAGGUGAUUCUGAUAAAAAUGGCUGCACAAGUUCACUUUGUGUUUUCUGAUUUCCAGGGCUAAUAUGUAGCUUUAAUACAUCUCCUGUUGAUAUACUACCUUGAUUCUCUGUGUUUCUUGUUAAUUUAAGAAUGGCUUGAAAUCAUGUUGACAUUUGAGUAUGGGUAUGCAAGAGAAAAAUAUACUUCUGCUUACCCUGAUUUUGAAAUAGUGUUAUUUUUCUAUAACUAUAAUAAAUACUUCUACCAUAGAAAUAAAUUUGCUUAUACCAUC